CAAAGGUCGAUAACUCUAAUGUGAACUUUUAACUUGUGCACAGUACUACUUUAUCACCUUAAUUCAAGAAAGGAAGAAUGUCGCAUUACAAAUUGGAAUCAAUAAGUGGAUCAUCAGCAUCAGUUUCCUUCUCUGGUAUUCCUUAUGCAGAUUUUGACAGAACAGGACAUUGGGCAGCAUGGUGUAUUUCCAAGAUGUUCGAGGCUUCUCGUAUAAUAUCAUUGUACAAUGGAUUCCUACACUUUACAAAAAUCGACGGACGAGAAGCAGGGAUGGUCAUUGUCAAACAGAAGUUAAAACUGAAUCCAAAAUUGCAUGAAAUGACUUUGAAUUCGAAAACUCGGUUGCAGUUUCAUCUAGAGUUGCUACAGGUCGGGAGAACGUCCAUUCUGUAUGUUAUACAUUUCAAAGAUGGCAACACGAAAGAAGUCCUUGGUGAAAAUCAUCUCAAAUUCGUGAGAAUGAGCAGAAAAACAAGACGAGCCAUUGAAUUCCCGGAUUGGUUCUACGAAACGUACGCGCCAUACAUGAAUUCUUCGGGACACCCGGCUCUGUCUAAAGAGAUUCUGCCUGAAAUUCCUGAGAACGCAUUUAAACUCGUCGUUGUUCCAAAUCACAGUGAUACUGAUCGGAACAACCAUGUCAACCAGUCGUCAUAUAUCAAAUUCUGUAUGGAUGUUGCCACGCAUGCGUCAUUAAGUGGACAAUAUAUUCACUUCACAGAGGAUAUGUGUCUCUAUCCUUCUUGUCAAUGGGUGAUAAGUUAUGUCGGUGAAAGCAUGGCAAAUGAUGAACUGCAUAUAUACACGUGGCAACAAGAGAGCGCACCAGAGCAAUUAUAUUUUUCUAUUUUGCUUAAAGGUAGAACAAACUUCCAUGCUUCAGCGAUUUUCGAGAAGGAGGCCAAGGAGAUCAGAAUAGUUUCAAGAAUAUAGCAAGAAAAAUUAAAAAAAAAAUAAAAAAUAAAAAACCGCAAUAUCAACUCUAGUCUUCUGAGGUUUUAGGGGGAGGGUCUAAAAAAUUAAAUUAUUUUUCAGUCAUUGGAUGGCGGUGUUGUUAGUUUUCUACAGCAAAUACUUCUGAAAAUUGAUGUUAUACUGGGUAUUGAUUGUAUUAUGUUUCACAACGUAUAUAUAUAAUAACCAAUACAAUCGCCUCAUAUAAAGACUGUUGCUGAAUAGUUCGUUAAUAUUAUCAAAAACUGUUUAUUCGGACAGUAACAUUAAAAUACUAAAUAAGAAUGAUAAUCACAUUAAACCAAUUCAUCUUGGAAAAAAAAUCAGGAGUCUAAUGAGGCGCCAUAGAAGACGAAAUGCAAUCCGCCUUUAGAAGCCAAUGAUGUAUACACAAAGGGCACCACAAGGGCCUUGUCUCCAUGUAACGUUCAUCCAUCAGAUUUUAAUAAAGUUCCAUAUUAAAUAUUUUUACGGGGAACUUGGUCGUGUGCCAAUGUAUAAUUUACGUAUGAUAAAAAUUAUCAAAUAUUGGUUGAAAGUUAUCAAAACCGACAAUUGUAUCCUUCAAUCUAUAUAUGAUGACAUGUUGAUUUGCAAUCACAAGAACUGUAAUUGGCGCUGCCAAGUUAAGCAUUUAUUAUUAUCGAAAGGAUUUGGUGAUGUAUGGUUUAACCACUAUGUUAAUAAUGAAGUUUUAUUUCUAGAAUGUCUCAAACAGCGUUUAACUGACAACUUCAUGCAGUCACGAGAUGAAUUUUUUGUUAAUUCACCCAAAUGUAUUCUGUAUAGACACCUUAUUGAUAAUGUUACCAUUCAAUUUUACUUGACAAAAUCUAUUCCGGAAAAUCUUAUUAAGCUUUUAGCAAAAUUUAGAUUGUCUGCUCACCAGCUUAGAAUUGAACAAGGUAGAUAUAAUGGCACAGCAAGACAAGAUCGAUUGUGUGAAUUUUGUAAUUUGAACGAAGUUGAGGACGAAUAUCAUUUUAUUUUAAUAUGUCCUUUGUACAAAAACCUCAGAUCUGCAUAUAUAAAAAAAUAUUAUUGGUCGCAUGCUUCUAUGUUUAAACUGGUACAAUUGAUGUCAAUUCAUAAUAGAAAACAAAUCUGUAAUCUGGGUAAAUUUUUAAAAGGUGCUUUACUCUUACGAUCUAGCCAAACUAUCGUCUAAUGUAUAUGCUGGUUUUUGUUGGUUUCUUUUUUAUGUAAACUUGUCUUAUAACUCUCUUCAUGUAUGUCCAUCCUCUAAUAUUCACUCCACUUUUCAUACUGUAUACAUCUUUUUUGUUUAUACUUUGUAAUUGAAUAUGUAUUAUGCUGAUGAGCCGUAAGGCUUAAAGCCAAUAAACAAUACAAAUCGGGCGUUUACCGGUUUGUGUUUUGGCAUUGCA